GAAAAGACACGGCUCGGUAAUUUCGAGAGCUGUGCUAGGGAAUAGGUGGGAGGGUUUACUGCAAUCCGUCUCUCACACGGAGUCUUGUCUGUAUUUCGCUGUUUUUGUGUGCUGAAGACACAUCUAGUUUAUCACAAUUGCACCAUGCACUGAGAAGGCAUACAGAGUAAUUGAUCACCAUCAUUUAUAAUAUAAUAAAUCACAAUUACCGUUCAUAUACAAGGGGGCUGAACUAUAAUUUCAACUGCUUUUGCACAUAAGCAAUUGAUGCACUUUGCUGAAAACAAUAUUUCUACAGAUUUAUUUUGAAGUGGUCUCCUUUUUUUUAACCAUGACCGCUGGAAUUCACUGCGGUUGUUUACUUAUACUGUGUUUAACAGCUAUUCCUCAUUCUCAAGCAGCACAGAACUGUCUGGAUAGACAACAUAUUAUGACUGUGGUCCGCCAAAUGGAAAAGCUCUUGAAGGGGCAGGAAAUACGAUUCACAGAAGGGCUCCGCAUUAUGAAAACCAAAUUGGCUGCUCUACAGACCUCUGUGUCCAAGUCACCAGCUGCAGAGCCAUACACAGUUACAUGCCCUUCACUUGAAGCUCCACAGUAUGGGCGGAAGUUUGGUUCCAAGUACUUUGUCGACCACGAAGUCCAUUUCACCUGCAAUCCUGGAUAUCAGCUGGUUGGCCCCAGCACCAGAGUGUGCCAGGAGAACGGCAUCUGGACUGGGGCUAACCCUGUGUGUAAAGGGAAAAAGAAAGAGAACAAGGCUGUUGGACAUUUGAAAAAAAUCAAAGACAUCAGUGAGUGCUCCAGUAACCCGUGCCAGAAUGGAGGAACAUGCAGUGAAGGUGUGAACCACUACAGAUGUUCAUGCCCACAGAACUGGAGCGGCAGUCACUGCCAACACCAGGUUCUGACAGCGCCCCCUGAAUGGAGUGUCAUGAACGACCCAGGCUUCAGCCGCAAGCCCCGAUGUGCUAAGAUCGACCAGACCCAGCACUGCAGCUGUGACGCUGGCUUCCACAUGAGCGGUACCUCGGACAACAGCAUCUGUCAAGACGUGAACGAAUGUGAGGUGUACAAGCUGGAUGGAGCGCCCAGACUCUGCAUGCACGCCUGUGUCAACAUCCCCGGCUCCUACCGCUGCUCCUGCCCGGCUGGAUACAAGAUCCUUGGUGAUGGAAGGAGCUGCGAGGAUAUAGACGAGUGCCUUGUCUUGCAGCACAACUGCACCAGGGGAACCACCUGCAUUAACACUGGGGAGGGCUUUCAGUGUGUCAACCCAGAGUGCCCAAAGGCUCAUGGGAACGUCAGCUAUGUGAAGACAUCUCCAUUCCAAUGUGAACGCAACCCCUGCCCAAUGGAUAGCCGAUCCUGUCACCUGGCUCCCAAGACGGUCUCGUUCCAUUACCUCUCCCUGCCGUCCAACCUGAAGACGCCGCUCACUCUGUUCCGCAUGGCGACGGCAGCGGCCCCGGGCAGGCCCGGCCCUGACAGCCUGCGUUUCGGGAUCGUGGGUGGAAACAGCAAGGGCCAGUUUGUGAUGCAGCGCUCCGACCGGCAGACCGGGGAGCUCAUCCUGGUUCAGAGCCUCUACGGGCCCCAGAUCAUAGAAGUGGACAUGGACAUGUCGGAAUACCUGGACCGCACAUUCCAGGCCAAGCAUGUUUCAAAGGUCACAGUCUUUGUGUCGCCUAAUGAAUUUUAAGAGACCUCAGUUCCUGACCUUUAACUUUUUAGUGUUCACUUGAAGAAUCCAUCCUAUUUUUCCUAAAGUCCAUUCUUCUUUCAGUAUAUUUUGAGUUGAUUGAUUGAGAGGUUCCCCGCUUUAAAAAAAAAAAAAAAAGUGUUUAGUAGAAUAAGCAUUAUAGAAAUGGCAAUGGAAACCAUUGUCAAGACUGAUAACAGGGUAUAUAAGCGAGGUGUAGUAUUGAAUGUCAGUUUUUAUUUUCUGGCGUUGUUGAUGUUAUUGAGUCUAUGUAGAAAUACUAGAAGCUGAUUGGAGGGGGGCACACCUGGAGUUAGAAUCUUCAUAAUCUUCAAGAUCAAGAAUGCCACUUAAUGGACACUAAAUUGAUAAAGUCUCAACUAACCCUAUGAAAACUGCAUAUACAUUCAUUGACUGGUCGAAGGUGAUUCUUACUGACCUAACCUAUGGUUCUGCUUUCCUUGGAUCGGUUAAGCACUGCCGGAGAUUUUUAGUAAAGGAGAUUUUCGUUACAAAAAUUGGAAAAAGUAAGAAACUCCAUGUUGUUGCUCUUUUUUAUAUGGACUUGAUGCCAAAGGAAUCUUUGAAAACAAUUUUCAUAAAAUUAUCUGAAUUAGGUCAUUUUUUUUUUUGGUUUAUUUUCUGCAUAUCUGUUUGGAUAUCUUAUUAGUAACAUAUGUUAGAUUUUUUCUCAAUGUUUUAACAGUAAUCAUAAAAGCUAUUUGAAUUGGUAAAGGCCUAGAAAAUGUUAAAAUAACAGCAUUAUACAUUGAAUUGAUGUUUCUAAUGUUUUUUGAGAAUGUUACCUGUAAAUACUAGACCAAUCAGAUGUUAUUUAUAGUGUUAUGUUAUUACUCCAUAAGGACAGCAAUGAAUAGCACCUGCAGGUAAUUAAAAAUAUCAAACAUAAUCAUACCACUUAUAACUGUGCCUUAAUACUACCAGUGUUCAUAACGUAUUGCACAUAAAAUAGUUUUAUUGAAAUAACUGUUUUAUGUUCGUUAUUAUUCUACUGUGACAUGAGUACGUACAACACACUUACAGUAGAAAUUCAGAGAGUUACAGUGUAGAAAUGGUCACUGCAAGUUUUGUUUGUGCAAAGGAGUCGGUUAAAAAUGUAGGUUGUCACUUCACGCGAUACUCAAUGUGAAAGUAGUUCUGUUUUAUAUUAAAAAUAAUAAUAAUAA